AAUAAUAAUAAUAAUGUAUUAUAACAACGAUGCGUGCGUACGGUGUGAUAUGCACAAACAGUUGUAAUGCGUUUUGAAAAUACUACGCUAUGCCUACCGUAGACGACGACGGUGUUGAUGUUGCGGUUUAUGACAUAUUAUCGGUAAGUCCUGUAGUCCUAAGUCCUGAACACCGAGUGUUCAAAAUGAUGAUAAUAUAUUAUUAUUAUCAACGAGCGCUCACCACGACGAUUAAUCAAAUUCGACCGCCACACAUCGUUAUGUUCCCCAGGCGAACGGCGUCAAACAUUGCCAUAAUACGGGUGUCCGGUCAAUGUACACGAGUGCCAUACAUCCUUCAAAAACAUAUGUGGCGAUGUUCUCAAACAAUUCCACCGUUAGCGCACUCAGAAUCAAACGUUCACAUCGUAUUAAUAAUUGGUCAUCCUCCUUCGUGUACCUCGGAGUUCGUGUUAACUGCCGGCAAACAAAUCCAAGCGGGCCAAUAUCUGAUUAAUAGAAAUUUGCCCAUACCAACCAACAUACAAUUAUUCAUCGGCAAAUCCUAUAUGGAACCGAUUCUAACUUACACAAGUCCAGCGAACACAUUUAAUAUUAUUUACUUUUUUUCUCAAUGGCCCAGACAUAAGACAUACAAAACAAAUUCUACACUACCGCUGAAACACCCUAAAUACUUGCCGAAUACAUUUUCAAAAGUAAUUUCCAGAAAUAUCGUCAAUCGAUUUUUAACAAAAUGUACAAUUCACAACUAUACAAGAUCUCCUAGGGAGUUCGAUAUUUCCAUAUCGUGCUCACAACCUCGUGGUCGUUACUUAUAG